AACCCAGAAAUGAAUAAUAGCAAAGGGGUACCGAUUGUUCAACUCGAUUACGACAAUCGUAAAAUAAUUUGGAAAUACCCAAAUAAACGAAAUUCAUCGAAUAAACUUGGGAUUGUUUCCUGUAAAAAUGUCUUGGGGAGGACAACGCCCCCAGCAAUAUGGAGGAUAUGGAGCACCUCAAGGGUACCAGCAGCCCGGUGCUCCUCCUGCUAAUCAAAUGUAUGGUGGAUAUGGGCAGCCACCAUCUCAAGGCUAUGGACAACCUGGCCAAUAUGGCCAACCACAGCAAGGGCCCCCAGGUCAAUAUGGUGCCCCAGGACAGCCUCCUAGAGGGCAGUAUGGAGCUCCUCCACCAGGUCAGUACGGUGCACCAGGAGCUCCUCCUCCUGGUCAGUAUGGUGCACCAGGAGCUCCUCCUCCUGGUCAGGGAUAUGGAGGACAACCUCCAGCUUAUGGACAACAGCAGCAGUAUGGUGGAUAUCAACAGCAACAGUAUGGGCAACAAGGGAUGGGUGGGUUUGGUGGACAACAAGCCCCUCCUGGCGUCAGCCCAGAAUUAUGGGGAUGGUUUCAGACUGUAGAUACAGACAGAAGUGGUAAAAUUACUGCAGAUGAGUUAAGACAAGCACUUCACAAUGGUAACUGGUCUCCGUUUAAUCCCGAGACUUGUAGGUUGAUGAUAGGCAUGUUUGAUAAAGACAGGAACGGAACAAUAGAUGUACAUGAAUUUUCUGCUUUAUGGAAAUAUAUCCAAGAUUGGAAAUCAUGUUUCGACAGAUUUGAUACUGAUCGAUCAGGAAACAUUGAUGCUAGAGAAAUACAUACAGCAUUCCAAUCCUUUGGUUAUAGUUUAUCUCCACAGUUUUGUGAUCUUGUGAUAAGAGUUUUUGACAGAAAAGGUGCCAGAAACAUUCAGUUUGAUGACUUUAUUCAAGCAUGUGUGAUGUUAAAAACAUUAACAGAUAAAUUCCGGUCAAAAGAUCAUCAGCAAAAUGGAACCGUCAGAAUAAGUUACGAAGAGUUUUUGGACAUGGCGCUGGACAUCAAAGUGUGAGAGCAAGAAUUCUGGCAGACAUUCAUUAUCAUUUGUUUAACAUUCAUAAGGACCAUUCAUAUGUAUUAUUGGAUGUAUAUAAUCAUGAAGAAGUUCUUGACAAAGAGCUGUCAACAUACUGACGUUUGAAUAUAGAAUACAAGUGCUUUUGCUAUAAGUGAUUUUUUUUUUAUAAUAUGUAAUAUUGUAGAAAUUAUAUUUAAAAUCGUGUAUCACGAAUGAAUUCUUUGUAAUAUAAUCAUGAUUAUCAUCAAUAGAAUUAAGCAUUGUGUAUGUUUUUAAAAUGAUUUGCAAACAAUGAAAGUGAUAAUCGA